GGUGGACGUUUCACACGCUGAACUCACCUUCAGCUCCCACAGAUCUCCAUCUUGACCAUUCCAUUGCAUUCUUGUUUUGUAUCCUUAUCCUUCACUCUAGACAUUAUAUCUCAAGCCAUCAUGAUGAAUUCACGCUGGACUUACUUCGUGAUUGCAUGCUUUGGGAGUCUGGCAUCUGCAAUGUACUUUGAUUUGGUGCAACAGAAGGAAAAGUGCAUCAUUGAGGAGAUUCCAGAGGACACUCUUGUCACAGGUUAUUUCUUUUUAGAGCACUGGGAUGGAAAAAAGCAAGACAACUCUCCACACCUUGGCUUAACUGUCACUGUCAAAGACCCUAACCAUGAGGUACUGCUGAUGAAACGUUUUGGUAGAUAUGGAAAGUUUACUUUCACAUCUCAUGCAUCUGGUCAGCAUUUCAUCUGUGCGAAGUCAAACUCUACCAGAUUCUCUGUGUUUGCAGGUGAACGGCUGAAGGUGCACAUGGAUGUCCAGAUGGGAGAGCAUGUGAUUGAUCCCAGCGCUGAAAAGGCAAAAGACACAGUCAAGACAAUGGAGUACAAAAUAAGGCACCUCAUUGACCAGAUCCGAUACAUUAGCAAGCAGCAAGACUUCCAGAGGGACCGUGAGGAAACCUUUCGUCAGAUGAGUGAAGAAACAAAUGGAAACGUUUUGUGGUGGGCAAUUAUCCAGACCUUGAUACUGCUCACCGUCGGAGUCUGGCAAAUGAGAAGCUUGAAAAACUUUCUAAUCGAAAAGAAGUUGGUCUAAUAACUCAAGCUGACAUGUCAUGUAAAAUAAGCAUAUCUUUAUCAGCCUACCUGACGUUUCCAAUCAACUUGGUCAGCCUUGCUGCAUUAAUUAAUAGGUGUGUAAUCAUGUUUUGUUGUAUUACCUGACAUAAUUACCUGAAAUAAUAAAGGGCUG